AUGACAAAUCAAGUCAACCUUUACGACCUCGACAAAGAGACAAUUGAUAAGGCAAAGGAAGAUUAUCGAAAUUCUCUCAGAGAUAACGAUGAAGAAAUUAAAGCUCUUGCUGGUAUGGCGAAAACGAAAGCAAUCUUCAAGAAGGCAACUGCAUUUUUCGAGAAGGAAUCACCUGAACUUAGAAAAUUCCUUGAAGAAAAAGGCUAUCUUUUACCUGCACCACCACAAGAUGUCCCCGAUUCAAAGAUUUCAAUUUCGGACGAGAUUUACCAGCAGAGUUAG